UUUCUCCAUCUGUAGGCACCUCUACCUGCGGCAGAGAUUGCGCCCGUGCGUCAGCUGUGUGGCAGUGUCGCGGCUCAAUGGGAGAACGUCAGAUGAUUUGAUCCAACGGAAUAAUAUCGUAGCAGUAGGUUUGUAGAUAUUGAUGGGUUUAUGUCCAUCCACGUGUAGGCGUUUUGCACACGCGAGUAUGCGGUGUAUGUUUUAGAGAUAUUACUUUUAUUAAAGUGGCUUUGCGAGUGAAUCGGUCAGUGCCUGGAUUCAGAUAGUGCGGGGCCUGUAGCAUAUGUUAUAUUAAAACACUAUUUUUUUUACUUGCAUAGUAAAGCAAUUGUAUUUUUUCAUUUGCUAUACAGCCAGAUAAUACACAAAUCGCUAUCCGUAAACACCCAGUCGUUCACUAUAGUAAUAGAGCAAGUGCAGAAUCACAGAACCGGAAUUCAUAGCUUUAAGCAUUUAGCGCGGGGCCCUUGAAAGUGCAGGGCCUGUAGCAUAUGUAGAUACUUUUGCUACUAGGAUCAUCCAGCAUUGGAAUCGGUCGUGACUUGAGAGGUGAUACAACAUGGCCGGCUCAGUCCUGUUCACGUCCUCGUGGGUCGUGGGGUUCCUCGUCAUCGCCUUCAUCGUUCUCGUCCUGUUCAUCAUACGCAGAAGCCGACGCCCAGGAGAGCCUCCCAUUGAUAAAGGCCUCAUCCCAUGGCUGGGCCACGCCAUCGAGUUCCGGAAGGACAUGUACGCCUUCCUGCGGCGCAUGCAGCGCAAGCACGGAGACACCUUCACGGUGUGCUUGGGCGGAGAGUACAUGACGUUUAUACUGGACCCACACGAUAUGAUGGCCGUGGCACGCGAGGCACGCUCCAUGCUCGACUUCACCGAGUUUGCGCGCAAGCUCGUUCUCAGCGUCUUCGGCGUUAACUUCAAGGCCGAAUUCUCCAAGGCGACAGAAGCCCUCAAUGUCAGCCACCUGCAGGGCAAAGGACUAGUGGGCCUGACGGACGCAAUGAUGUCCCAGCUGCACCUGCUCAUGGGGCCAGGUUCGUUUGGAGGGAAUGGCCGUGGGGGGUGCGGGGGCCACAGGGACGCCAAGUGGCACGAGUCUGGCCUCUUUCACUUCUGCUACGACAUCGUGUUCAGAGCCGGCUACCUGGCUCUGUAUGGCCAGGAGCAGAGCACGAACUCCCUGGAGGUGUUCAAGGAGUUCCGCAAGUACGAUCAGCUGUUCCCUGCCCUCGCCACGUCCACGCUCUGGCCCGCCCAGAGGAAGGAAGUGGAGCGACUCCAGUCAUGGUUCUGGAAGCUCAUGGGGGACACGCUGCUGCGUGCGCGUGAGCACCUGAGCCCCUGGCUCCUGAGCCAUGACGAGAAGCUGAUCGAGCUGCAGGGCGACAAAGAGACCCGCGAUCGCACCUUGUUCAUGAUGCUCUGGGCCUCGCAGGGUAACACGGGCCCCGCGUCGUUCUGGAUGCUGGCGUAUCUGAUGAGGCACGCGGACGCCAUGGCGGCCGUGCGCGCCGAGGUGCAGCAGCUGCUGGAGGCGACGGGGCAGAGCGACGGCGCGGAGAUGCGAGUGAUCUCACUGACGCGCGACGCGCUCGUCAACACGCCCGUGCUUGACAGCGCCAUUGAGGAGAUGCUGCGCCUACGCUCGGCUCCCAUCCUCGUGCGUGCCGUCCAGCAGGACAUGACGCUGAAGGUGUCGGGCGCCAGCGGACCGGGCCCCAAGCUCCGCGCCGGCGAUCGCGUCGCCAUGUUCCCUCACCUGAGCCCCCACAUGGACCCUGAGAUCCACGUGGAUCCCGAGGAGUUUAAGUUCGAUCGCUUCCUGAACGUGGACGGCUCCAAGAAGACGGACUUCUUCAAGUCUGGGCGCAAGCUCCGGUACCCCACAAUGCCCUGGGGUGCUGGUGUGUCCAUCUGUCCCGGUCGAUUCUUCGCCACCAACGAGAUCAAACAGUUCAUUGUGCUGAUGCUGAUCCACUACGACAUCGAGUUCUGCGACCCCGCCACUAAAGUGCCAGACAUCAACGUGUCGCGAUUCGGAUUUGGCGUCAUGCAACCAACGCACGAAAUUUUCUUCCGUUACCGCCCGCGCUUCUGAACAGUGAUCACCACUACUUGCCCGGUCUCUAACCCCGCCCUGCUGCACUCUCUCCCUCUCCUCUGUGAAGUUGCAGUUUGUAUCUCAGACAUCUGUUUUAGUCGCUUGAAACUGUUCAUCCCUCUUUGAUUGUUCAACUUGUUUGCUUAAAUUCUUGUCCAUGCUACCACCUGUCAAUCUGUCAGUACAUCUGUCAGUCCUAUCUCUCACUUAUGUGUUGGUUCGUUUAUUCAUCUCUGUAUAGAUAUCUGCCCAUCUGUAUAUGUUUGAUUCUGUGCUGCAUGACUGUAUCUCCACCUGUUUGUCUAACUGUCCAUCUUUCGGCACCCCAUUUGUCCAUCUACAGAGUUGUUUAUGUCCCUGUUCAUUUGUCUGUCCACCUGUGUAUUUAUUCAUAUAUCCAUCCUGUCAUCAGUCUGUCAUGAUCAUAAAUAUUCCCGACUGCUUUAGUUGAAUUCAAUGACGUAAGAACUGGGUGCUCUAACCCACAUAGGAUUCGAACUUUAUCUGAAUUUGUGCGUCAUAUGGUAAAUACGUCUUUGGCAUGGAAAAUAAAGUGUUGUGUUUUUCAAUUAAAAGUUGUUUGGAAAAAAAUACAUCGGCUGGAUGAAUACAUUACAGUAUACGCAUCCUGCAAACAACAUUUCCUAUUCCCGAAGAGAAUUAAAUGUAUCUUGUAGAAUAAAGGUACUAUUGCUAUGUCUAA